GAAGGUUGUCUCCCACCGACAACCAUCCUCGUAUACUUUUGUUGUUAAUGUUAAUCAUUUUCAUGGUUCCAGAUCUAUCUUUCUCUUUUCCAUUUGCCCUUCGUUUACUUGUUCAAAUACCCACAUAGUCAAUCUUCAGUUUUCCACUUCUUAAGCCUCCGCAUAUAAAACAAUGAGUUGGAGAGGCAUCUCUCUCUGUGUUCUUGUUAUUUUUGUUGUUUUAUGCAGUGCUAAAAUAGCACAUGCACAUGCUAGUAUGAAUCUCAGAAACAGCAGCAGCAACAGCAGCGAUACCGAUACCCAUCAAAAUUACACCCAGUUCCUUCUUACAAAUGGCGUUGCUCGUACGCCCCCAAUGGGUUGGAACAGCUGGAAUCAUUUUCAAUGCAACAUAGAUGAAUGGACUGUGAAGACUACUGCAGAUGCUCUUAUUUCAACUGGUUUGGCGGCACUGGGGUACAAAUAUAUAAAUAUUGAUGAUUGCUGGGCAGAAGGGAAGAGAGACUGGAGGGGUAAUUUAAGGGAAAAACCUUCUACUUUUCCUUCUGGAAUCAAGGCCCUUGCAGACUAUGUUCAUGCAAAAGGAUUAAAACUUGGCAUAUAUUCUGAUGCUGGUUACAAAACCUGCAGCAAGACAAUGCCUGGCUCUCUUGGGCAUGAAGAUAUAGAUGCAAGAACCUUUGCUGAAUGGGGAAUUGAUUACUUGAAGUAUGAUAACUGCUACCAUGAUGGUUCUAAGCCUCUAGAUAGAUUUGCUAGGAUGAGUUAUGCAUUGCAGAAGGUUGCCAGGCCAAUCCUUUACGCUAUAUGUGAAUGGGGAGAAGAGAAUCCAGCAAAAUGGGCCAGUCGGUAUGGUAAUGCUUGGAGAACUACAACGGACAUAAAAGACAAUUGGGAAAGUAUCACAUCAAUCGCAGAUGAAAACAACAUUUGGGGAAGAUAUGCUGGACCUGGCAGGUGGAAUGAUCCUGACAUGUUGGAAGUGGGCAAUGGAGGCAUGAGUUUGGAGGAGUAUCGAUCUCAUUUUAGCAUUUGGGCUAUAAUGAAAGCCCCUUUACUUAUCGGAUGUGACAUCCGAUCUGCAAGCAGAGAAACUCUAAGGAUUCUUGGAAACAAGGAAGUGAUUGAUGUUAAUCAGGAUCCACUAGGAGUGCAAGCAAGAAAAAUACGAUCGAAAGCAGGUCUAGAGGUUUGGGCAGGGCCAUUAUCAUCGAGAAGAGUGGUGAUAGUAUUAUGGAAUAGAAGCAAGUAUAGGGCUCCCAUAUCAGUGGGAUGGAGGGAGGUUGGACUCUCUCCAUCUAAUCCUGUUAGUGUUCGAGACUUAUGGGCGCACUCAUUCAUUUCCAAGAGUAUACGCUCUCGAUUGACUGCACAUGUUGCUCCUCAUGCUUGCAAAAUGUAUAUCCUAACUUCAAUCUAAAAGGACGAGAGGCUCUUCACUCCAUAAUAGUGAGUGAAUACAAUGUUCCCUUCUGAAGGCUGCUUAAUGAGGGAAGAGAAUCAGAAAUUUAAGAAGAAUAGGAUUUGUAAGGCUUUGUAAUACUUUAGCACAUUCACUUGCACGGAGAGCUAUUUGAUCUUCCCAUGUGGUAAUCUAGAUGGAAGACGUUCUACCUGAUGUUGCUCUUGUUCUUCAAGUUGAUCUCAACAGCCUCCUUUAACAAUUAUAUGCACUCUUUCUUCUCAAUAAUUAAGGUUGAUGGUUUUCAUUUUA